AAGGCCUUCUCACAAUUUAACCCACACAAAUAAAUACUAUCAAAACCCUAUACGCCCACCGCCGUCUUCAUUUCUUAAUUUUCUCCGGCGCCGCUGCAAUUCUUCAUCUUCUCCGUUGCAUAAUUUGUGUGCAGACCGAGAAAAAACUAUGAAGCAGAAUGAUGAACUACUGAAUAGUACUGAAUUUGAUAUGGAAGAUGACGAUCCUGUUGUUUCCGAGUCCGAAUCUGAUUCGGACGAAGAUGGGGACGUGAAGUUAAGCGAGCCUGCAAAGACUGCUGUGUAUAACAAAGCUGGCUUGCUCGAUAAACUUGGAGAUAUCUGCUGGCCAGAGAGUGUGGACUGGAUACACAAGUUGUCGCUCGAUAUUGAUCAAGAUAAUGAGGUGAAUGUGAAUGAUGAUCUGAACCGGGAGCUAGCUUUCUACACACAGGCACUAGAGGGGGCAAGGCAGGCGUUUACGAAAUUCCAGUCGAAGGAGGUCAACCUGCCUUUCCUCAGGCCGUCCGAUUACUAUGCUGAGAUGGUUAAAUCGGACACGCACAUGGAGAAGGUGAAGAGCCGCAUCUUGGCAGAGAAGAGGAAGAUGGAGGAGGCCGAGGAGAGGAGGAAGGCUCGGGAUAACAAGAAGUUGGCCAAGGAAAUUCAAGUGCAGAAGCAGAAGGAGAGGGCUAAGCAAAAGAAGGAUGACAUAGAGUCUGUCAAGAACUGGAGAAAGCAGAGGAAGCAGAGUGGUUUCGCUGCUGAUGAUAAGGAUGGUGACCUGAGCUUGGCGUUUGAAGACGGGAAAGCGUUUCAGAGGUCGGGUAAGAAGAGGCCGGGAGUUGCUCCGGGAGAUCGGUCUGGGGGUAAGGGCGGUGGGAAGUUUAAGAAGGGAUCUGAUAAAAAGAUGAAGGGCAGAGAACGAAAGGACUCGAAGUAUGGAUUUGGAGGGAGGAAAGGGAUGAAGAAGCAGAACACGGCUGAGACCACCGAGGAUUUUCGAGGAUAUCGUCAAAGCAAUAAGAAACAAAAGAUAUGAGAUAAAUGAGUUGUAUUGUAUUUGGCUUUUUUAGGUACUGUGAUGAUUAUGAUGAACUUUUGUUGUGAGGCUAGUUUAGCUUCUAAAUUUUGUGAUGGCAGUUGAAUUCCUACUAUUUUGAAGCAAGAGUAGUACUUUUUUGUUGUGACAA